AUGCAUAGAAAGUUCUUCCACCUCGUCAUCGGCCUAAUCUACCUGAGCGGCAUCUACUACGAACCUCGUUUCACCUGGCUGUGCGGCUACUUGUGGCUGUGUAUUUUUGUGUGCUUUGAGGUCCUCCGCUACUUCCAAGUGCCGCCCUGGUCAACCGGCCUCGACAGCCUGUUCCUGAUCUUCAAGGACAAGCAGGACGGCAAAGUCUUGAUGACUCCAAUGUACCUACUCUUCGGCGUGUUUUGCCCACUCUUCCUUGACCCGCUGACGCAGCCCCGAACUUUUCAAAUGAGACAUUUGGCCGGGAUUUUGACAGUUGUGGUUGGCGACUCGAUGGCAGCUAUUGGCGGUUACCUCUACGGACAGCAAAAAUGGCCUGGAAGGAAUAAGACCUACGUCGGCUCGAUGUUCAUGGCCGCCUCCGUUUUUCUAUGCUCCACAGCGUUGGCCCCGCUCUGUGCUCAACCGAUCCCAUCCCUGGCCUAUCGCGCCGCCUGCUCGAUCGUUCUCACCUUCAUCGAAGCGUACAUCGAGAAUUUCGACAAUGUCCUGUUACCCCUGGUUGGAUAUGUAAUGUUGUUA